CAGUUGACUUGCGCACUUCUCUUUUUUCAAUUUGAAAACCGAAUUUGCUCAACGGUCAUUUGCCAUAUUGACUUGUGUUAAUGGCAUGUAGUUUAUGAUAUUAUCUACCUGAAUUUAUUUAUAUUUUAUUAUACAAAUACUAUUAGACAUUAUGUCACAGUUCAAGUUUUGGAACGAAGUUAACACCAUACUGACGAUGGACGGUCCCGUCAACGGUCCAGUGCCUCGAUGGCAGAAAAAAAGAGACCCUGGAUCAUCAAACAGCAGUUCCAACAACUCCUCGAAGCUGAGAUCGCUGUCUUCUUCGGCUCUCAAUUCGACGAAAACACCGAUAAAAGGUAACGAAAAUGAUCCUCUGAGAAGCAAGACUCCGUCAAAAACCCCAAAGAAGUCAAAAACCCCCACACCUCACAAAUCAGCGAGAACGCCUGGUGGAGACCGUUUCAUCCCUUCACGAAGUGCCAGCAACUUUGAACUGGCACACUACAAGCUCACGCAGGAUGAAAACGACCAGAGCGACAGCCCUACCAGGAAGGAACUACAGCGGUUGAUGUCAGAGAACUUACGAGGAGGCGACAUCAACAAUCAGCGUAUACUGUCUUACAAAAACAAGGCUCCUUCAGCCCCUGAAGGGUUUCAGAACCCUAUGAGAGUCAUUUACACACAGGCCAAGACACCUGCCUCUACGAAAGGCAGCAGAUACAUUCCUCAGGCUCCCGAUAGAAUUCUGGAUGCCCCUGAUAUUGUUGACGACUAUUACCUGAACUUGAUCGACUGGGGGCCUAAUAAUAUUCUGGCAGCAGCUCUGGGCGCUCAUGUUUAUUUGUGGAAUGCAGGAACCGGCAACAUUGACCAGUUACUGGAAUUAGAAGGUAACGACUACGUUUGCUCCCUAUCCUGGACCCAGGAUGGAAACUGCUUAGCCGUGGGCAACACAAACGGUACCGUGGAACUCUGGGACUGUGAAAGAGCCAAGAAGCUGCGAAUUAUGGAAGGCCACUCGGCUCGAGUCGGCUCUCUAUCUUGGAACUCUUUUGUUCUAUCGAGCGGUUGCCGUAGCGGACAGAUCAUUCAUCACGACGUACGACAGAGGGAACAUAGAAUCGGUAUACUAUCAGGACACACUCAAGAAGUCUGCGGGCUCAAAUGGUCCACGGACGGGAAAUAUUUGGCUAGCGGUGGGAAUGAUAACGUUCUGAAUAUUUGGCAGGCGGUUAACGGAGGGUAUCAUUCCAACACCACCCCUCUGCACAGUUUCACGUCCCAUCAAGCAGCCGUGAAAGCCCUGGCAUGGUGCCCCUGGCAACCACAUUUACUCGCUAGCGGAGGAGGGACUGCGGAUCGUCAUAUACGAUUCUGGAACUGCAAUACGGGAGCUUGUGUAAAUGCAAUAGACACCAGAUCACAGGUGUGUGCCUUACUCUGGUCCACCAAUUACAAAGAAUUGGUCUCGGGGCACGGUUUCGCCAACAACGAGAUCAUCAUCUGGAAGUAUCCCGGAAUGACGAAAGUGACUGAGCUCACUGGACACACCGCGAGAGUGCUGCACCUCGCCAUGUCUCCAGAUGGAUCUACAUUCCUGUCAGCUGGAGCGGACGAGACCCUGAGGUUGUGGAAGUGCUUCACUAAGAGCGUGACAAAGAGCAGUAAUGCAGAGAAAGUGAGGGCGAAGCCCAGUGCACUAAAACAGUGCAUAAGAUGAAUUUAUUUAGUUUUUUCUGUUUAUACUUUGACUGAUUUUGAUUUGUACGAUUAAGGUUGUACAGUUUUGUUUUUUUUUAGUGGAAUAAACUUGACGGAUUUUU